AUGAUACAACUUUGUCCUGCUUCAGAUGAACGGCUGGCCAAUGUGUUGAAGGCAGUAAGUCUUGAUCUGAUGAGCGCCAGCGAGUGCAGCAAAUACCGCAUGGAAGUGAACGAUUUAGAGGUCUGUGCUGGAACGAUGGGCAAUGGUCCCUGUGAAAACGACGGAGGCGGUCCACUACAGUGCCAGACAGAAACUGGUAAAUGGGUCAUUCAAGGUAUCACCAGCUAUGGUGAUAAGAUAUGUGCAAGCAGCACAGUACCUGCAGUAUUUACCAAUGUAGGCAAAUUCGUAGAGUGGAUCAACAACAUCAAGAAGGGAUCAUAA